AUGAAGCAAAAGAUUGUCAUCCAGUUGAGCAUGUCGUGCGACAAGAGCCGGUCGAAAGCACUGACGCUGGCCUCCAGAGCUGCCGGGGUGACGUCGAUGGGCAUAACCGGCGACGCGAGGGACCAGCUGGAGGUGGUCGGCGACGGCAUCGACCCGGUGUGCCUCGUCAGCUGCCUCCGCAAGAAGCUCGGUCACGCCCAAAUCAUCAAGGUGGAAGAAGUGAAGAAACCGGAGGAGAAGGAGGAGGAACCGAAGCCGGCCGUGCCGGUGAACCCGCCGCAGUACUACUACUCCCCGGCGCCGGCCGGCUACUACCACCACCACCAAUACCCGCCGCACAUGGUCGUCUGCGAGGAACAGCCUAGCAACUGCCGGACCAUGUAA